AUGAUGCUAAGAAUGGCGAGACCUACUGACGAUGCCGACUACGAAUCGGGCGAAAAAUCUGGAAAUGUACCACGUCCACGCUUAGUGCGGCGUAUAGCAAAACUCUCUGAUGAUGCCGACUAUGAUGCCGACUACGAUGUUGGCGAAACGCUUGAGAAUGUACCAAGUCCACUGUCUGAUGCUGGGAAUCAUGACAACUACUAUGGCAGAUGA